AUGGCGGCGAUAUCUUCCCUCGCAUCUCCCCACCUCCUCCAGAGGCCGUCGAAUGCCGCAGCGGCCCACAAAAUUCCGCUUCUGAGAGUUGCUUCCUUCGGGAGCUCCAGGGUCUGCCUGGAUUCGCCCCUCGUCUACCCUCUCCGGGGAAAGAGGAGCCUGGGAACGGUCUGCGUCGUGGCCCAGGAGGCUUCCGGCGCGGUCCAGGACCUGUCCUCUGAGGCGGCGAGAAGGCUCUACGUGGGCAACAUCCCGAGGAACGUCAGCAACCAAGAGCUCUCCUCCAUUUUCGGGGAACAUGGUUCAGUCGAGAAGGCUGAGGUUCUCUCCCUCCUUCCUCAUCACUUCUCGUUUCUCUUGAGUUUGUCCUGUUUAAGGUCGGAAAUGCCGGGUACAUUUCCAAAUUGGGUGCUCGGGAUGAAUAGAUAAUCGAUUAUUUUUUCUCAAGAUCGUCCUACGAUGUUAGAUACUUCACUAGCCAUUGCUUUUGACUACAGCCUGCAAUGGCACAUUGCUUUUGACUUCCAGACGAGUGAGCUAACGUUUUUUCUUUCCAUAAAAGCUUCUGAAACGUUGACAUUUGCGGUUAAAAACCACUAUGAGUGAAUGUGCUGGGUUUUUUUACUAUUUUCUGUGAUUAUCCACAAGCCUAGUAUGCCUCGUCCUUUGUGUCCUUAAUGGGCAAGAAUCAUUGAGUCAGGGUGUUAAAAUGCUCCAAUGCUUGUUCUCAGGUCAUGUAUGACAAGUACUCUGGAAGAAGCCGGCGGUUUGCUUUCGUGACCAUGAGCUCGGUGGAGGAUGCCAACGCAGCCAUUGAGAAACUGAAUGGCUCAGUAAGCUUUAUUUCUCAAUGCCUUUCCCAUCUGUUUUCAUUGAUCCAGUGCCCAGUUCAUAAAAUUUGCACCAUCAGUCAAUACCCAGACUGCUCUAUUUAAUGGCUCAGUAAGCUUUAUUUCUCAAUCCCUUUCCCAUCUGUUUUCAUUGAUCCAGUGCCCAGUUCAUAAAAUUUGCACAAUCAGUCAAUACCCAGAAUGCUCUAUUUAAUGGUGCAGUAAGCUUUAUUUAUUAAUCACUUUCCCAUCUAUUUUCAUUGAUCCAGUCCCCAGUUCAUAAUUUUUUGCACGAUCAGUCAAUACCCAGAAUGCUGUAUUUAAUGGCUCAGUAAGCUUUAUUUCUCAAUCACUUUCCCAUCUAUUUUCAUUGAUCCAGUCCCCAGUUCAUAAAUUUUUGCACCUUCAGUCGAUACCCAGAAUGCUCUAUUUUAGUAAGAUUGGUUUCUCCUCCAUUUGAUGCCAUUUUAAUCUGCAACAGGAUAUCGGGGGGCGCCAGAUCAAAGUAAAUGUGACGGAGAAGCCCCUGCAGUCCCUGGAACUCUCUCUUCCCCAAGUAGAUGAAUCCUCAUUUGUCGACAGCCCCUUCAAGGUCUAUGUGGGCAACCUCACCAAGAACGUGACGAGUGAGGUGCUCACCAAGUUCUUCUCCGAGAGGGGGAAGGUCCUCAGCGCCAAGGUCUCGAGGGCCCCAGGCACAUCCAAGUCCAGCGGAUUCGGGUUUGUGACAUUCUCAUCUGAAGAAGACGUGGAAACCGCCAUUGAGUCGGCGAACAAUGCUGUGAGUAUCUCCCUCCCCUCUCACCCAGAACAUAGUUUACAGCAUUAUUCAGCACAUGAAGCGAAGUAGGUGAAAUCAUACCUCAAAGCUUCUGAGCUUUGCUGUUGAACGAUUGGUGCUUUCAGUUCUUGGAGGGGCAACGGAUCCGCGUCAACAAGGCGUAG